GCCACCAUAGGUUGCGAUGUCGUCACCACGGAUGGGCAGCCCUGCGACCCGAGCGAAGGUAGGCAAAUCAAUCUCUAUGUCGUAGAGAUUGAUGCUGCUGCGAAUGGUGUCCCCGUCACGGCGGAGAUUGGAAUAGAAAGCCCGGACAAAGGCGGGAUUGAAGCUCGAGCGGCUCUUGGAGACGAAUGGCCACAAACCUGACACUUGGAGUUGGUUGUCGAGGUCGUGGUACCCUUUGUCUUGGGGAAACAACUCCGGGAGCACGCGAGGUGGAGAGAUCGGGUGCUUGGAAAAGUAAGUGAGGAAGCGUGUUAGUUCUUCCUCCGACCCGAACUCAAGAAAUGAUCCGUCCAAAUAUGGGAACGGAGGAGGCGCGGAACUUGAGGGUUCGGCGGUGCUUUUCUUCUUAGAAGCCUUAGACUUUGAUCUUCCUCCGGCCAUGAUUAAGGCGUUUUUGAAGAAAGACUGAAGAAAUGUUGAGAUUAGGAUCAAGGAAUGAAAUUAUGAUGUUAAU